AUGGAAGCCAAAGUCUUCAAGGCGAUGCUUCACUUCAUCUACGCCGACUCCUUGCCAGAGGCUGACAAGGACGAAAUCGUGGGGAUGGCACAACAUCUACUUGUCGCCGCGGAUAGGUAUAACCUCCAGAGGCUAAAGUUGAUGUGCGAAGAGACGUUGUGCAAGUCCAUCAACAAAGACACCGCGGCGACUACAUUGGCCUUGGCUGAACAGCAUGGUUGUGAUGGUCUUAAGAAGGCAUGCUUCGAGUUCCUCGCUUCUGUUGACAACCUCAAGGCAGUCAUGGCAAGUGAUGGCUUUGCACAUUUGAAGAGCAGCUGUCCCUCCAUCCUGGAGGAAUCUUUGGCAAUUUCCGGAUCAAUCUCGGUCUCACCGAUUGGUUUGCUUCGGUCCCACCGAGUGAACGUGGUCAACUUUCUGUUGCAUACGAACUCGGAUUAA